AUGCCCUGGUUCGUUCAAGGCAGCCGACCAGCCUCCGGCUGGUUCAUCUGCUUCCGCGCGACCGCCUCUUACCGCUGCACCUGUCAUCAGCCCUCAUGUUGCUACACGCGGUUCUUCAGCGUCGGUCUCGGAGAAGACAAGGUAUCUAAAGCAUUGUCGGCUUUAUUGACGGCCGUUUGCGAUGAUCCCUGCGACGCGGCCCAUUGGUGCAGGCUCCAAUGUUUUUUCGCAUUUGUUUUGUUCAAGCCCACCAGGGGCGGUCGCAGGACUAAUCAAGCCAAUUACGUUAUUAAACGGUUGGCCGAAUUCAGUUCGACCGAAGUCGAGAUUAUUGUGGCAAGCUUCAACACUGACCACAACACCAAACCGCGUAAGCACAAUCCAAACAGUUGGAUUAGUGCAGUAACCACUCGGAUUGAACAGGGCAGUCUCUCGGCGGCCGUCAGACUUGCUUGUUCGCCCGCAGGCCUGGCGGAGAGCUCGCCUGAGACACUCGCUAAACUCAAAGCUAUUCAUCCCAGUGCUCCAUUGAACAGGCGAGCUUUCCCCGCGCAGGAGCCGUCCAAUGGUCGCGUUUCACCAGCCCAGGUGUUGACGGCUUUAAAGUUGUUUAAUAAUGGUUUAUCGGGAGGCCUUGAUGGCUUGAGGCCUCAGCACAUAAAGGAUUUACUUUCCGGUCCGACGCCCACCGAUGAAUUGUUAAAUAACCUCACCCGAGCUGGCAGGUGCUUGGCGUGGGACGUUACCGUUCCAGGCACCUUUGCUGAGCGCUACGUGCAGCUUACUAGCAAAGAAAGCGGUUUGGCUGCAACCAGGGCAUCUGACGAGAAGAUCAAAAAGUACGACGGAGCUCUCCCCUCGAUGGAGUUUUUACCGAUUUGUAUCGAGGUCUUCGGCCCCAUGGACCGUAACACCUCCGGGUUUUUCAAUCGAAUUUGUAAAAAUAUCAGUAUUAGGUCAGGCGAUAGUAGGGAAUAUUUUUUCGCUAUGAAUAAUAUCUCGUGCAUUCUGCAGCGGUUUUUGCGCGUCUGUGUGUUGGAAAAUGUGGAGUUGAAUGCCGACGGGGUUGAGUGA